CUGAGCUUUGCAGAGCCUUGGCCAUGGGACACCAGACAGUGUGAGUAAGGGGGAUUUUUAUUCAACAGGAGUCCAGCUCCACGCACAUAAAGCUCUGGUGCAAAACUGGAGCUUGGUACUUCAGGAACAUGGGUUGCAAAACAAGAUCCAUGCAUUUCGUUUUUUGGUGUCUUUACUUCAUGCUCCUUCACUUGUUUUGCACAGCACAAGAUGAGGACAUGAGAUUAAGUUGUAGGACAGCGCCAAGUGAUUUAGUAUUUAUAGUCGAUGGAUCAUGGAGUGUAGACGACAUCAACUUUGAGAUUGUCAAACGGUGGCUGGUGAAUCUCACAACAAGCUUCAACAUUGGUCAGAAGUUCACUCAGGUCGGGGUACUGCAAUAUAGCGAUGACCCCAUCUUACAUAUACCGUUGGGAAGACAUUUCUCAAGCCAUGACCUCAUCAAGGCCAUGGAGUCCAUAGAGUAUAUGGGAGGGAACACAAACACAGGGAAGGCUAUCAAGUUUGCAAACGACAAACUCUUUGCCCUUUCUGAGCGAGGUCCGAACGGCAUUGCAAAAAUUGCUGUGGUUUUGACGGACGGCAAAUCGCAAGAUGAAGUGCUGGCAGCUGCAGAAGCCGCACGGAAAAAGGGCAUAAUUCUCUUCGCAAUUGGCGUCGGAUCCGGGACGGAGGAGGCGGAGCUCAGAGCAAUUGCCAACAAGCCAUCCUCAACAUAUGUUUUCUCUGUGGAAGACUAUAAAGCAAUCGCAAAGAUCGGUGAAGUUAUUAGGCAGAAGCUGUGUGAAGAGACUGUGUGCCCAACAAGGAUUCCCAUAGAUUCUCGAAAUGAGAAAGGAUUUGACAUUCUUUUCCACCUCAACCUGGGCAAAAAAGCCAAAAAGACACAAGGGUCAUUUCAUGGCAGUAAUGCCUACCAGGUGACAUCCCGAGUGGACCUCACUGAGAACACCAGGAUGUUAUUUCCAGGCGGACUUCCACCAUCCUAUGUUUUUGUGUCUACUCUGAAGUACAAAGGCUCUGUGAUUAGGGAGGAGUGGGAUCUGUGGAGGAUUCAGACUAAGGAUGAGAAGUCUCAGAUGGCUGUAACUAUGAAUGGAAUAGAAAGAACAGUGAUGUUCACCACUACCAGCAGAGCACCAAGUGGAACUCAAACUGUUGUGUUCACUAAGCAACCAGCCAGGAAACUAUUUGAUGAAAAAUGGCAUCAGCUGCGUCUUUUAGUAACAGAAGAGGAAGUCACUCUGUAUGUUGAUGAUCUGGAAAUCGAAACUUUGGCAUUGGAACCUCCUGUCGGAAUUUUUAUUGAUGGAAAAACGCAGGUUGGAAAGUACGUCAGCAAAGAAACAACUGUACCUUUUGAAAUACAGAAACUCAGAAUCUACUGUGACCCUGAGCAGAAUAACAGGGAGACAGCCUGUGAAAUACCUGGAGUUUGCUCUGAUGGACCAGGAGACAUUGAUCCAUCUCCAGAACCCUGCAUCUGUCCACCUGGGCCACCCGGUACACCAGGACAAAAGGGAGAACAUGGCAGAACUGGAGAUCCGGGUCAAUCUGGUGCUGCUGGUGCUGAUGGUAAGCCUGGAGUCUUGGGUUCUAAAGGAAGCUCUGGCCUUCAAGGCUCUCCUGGCAUGGAGGGGCCACGUGGAGCUGAUGGCCAUAAAGGGGAAAAAGGAAGCCUCGGGGAAGCAGGUGAGAGGGGUAUCCCAGGAUUUCCCGGGCCACCUGGUAAACCAGGUGAAAAGGGGUCUGCUGGUAAUCAGGGUACACAAGGGCCAACAGGCAAAGACGGUCAAAUGGGAGACAAAGGAAGCGUAGGGCCUACGGGUCCACCUGGAGAUCCAGGACAGCCUGGAAUACCUGGUAGAGAUGGGAAAGAUGGCAUCCCAGGAGGAAUUGGUCAAAAGGGGGAUCUCGGACUACCUGGAAUUCCUGGACUCGAUGGAAGAGAGGGACUUCAUGGCAUGCCAGGCAUACCUGGAAAUGAUGGUCCAAUGGGAAUUAAGGGUGAAGCUGGCAUGACGGGGCAUAAAGGAGCCAAAGGUGUAGCUGGAGAUCCUGGUGAGAGGAGUUUGCCUGGAAUACCUGGUUCAAAUGGACAACCUGGCCCUAAGGGCCAUAAAGGUGAUAGUGGAGUGGCAGGUCAACCAGGACAUCCAGGGUCAGAGGGUAAGGCCGGAGAACCUGGGAUAGCUGGCCAGCCUGGAAAUCCAGGAAUGCCAGGAUUACAGGGCCAGAAGGGACAACGAGGAGAUACAGGUGAACAAGGGGCAGAGGGGUUGAAAGGUGGAAAAGGAGAAUCUGGGAAACCUGGUGUUCAUGGUUCAGCUGGGCCAGCAGGUCAGAAAGGCGAGAAAGGGACACCAGGAGAGGCUGGUCAGAGGGGUCAGAUCGGCCACCAGGGGCUCCCAGGACAACCAGGUUCAAUGGGGCCCUCUGGACCUAGGGGUCAAAGUGGUGAAAUUGGCCUCCCGGGAACAACUGGACCCGAGGGACGACCGGGCAGAGAGCUGUCUGAACAACAUAUUCAACAGAUUUGCAGAGAUGUUCUUCGAUCUGAGAUUCCAGCACUUCUAUUGAGUAGCCAACACAAUCAUAACAGAAGAUGCGAGCAUUGCUACACAAGGAUGGGAGCCCCAGGGCAGACGGGGCCAGCAGGUCCUCAGGGUUCACGGGGAUUCCCCGGUAUAAAUGGUUCUAAUGGGCUGCCGGGUCAGCGGGGUUUACCCGGUCGAACUGGUAUCUCUGGCAUGAAAGGUGAUCCAGGUGAAAAUGGUGAAAAGGGAAAACCAGGAAGGUCAGAGAUUGGCGAUCCGGGUCUCCCAGGUCCACCAGGUCCAUUUGGCCCGACAGGGGUUGGCAAGCCGGGUCACCCGGGUAAGCCAGGUCCACCUGGUCACAAUGGAGAAGAGGGACAGAGAGGUUACCCCGGCGAGCCCGGUCAGCCAGGCGUUUGUCAUCCAUCAAUGUGCUACAGCGCUAUGUUGCGAAGAGAUCCUUUCAGUAAAGGGCCAAACUAUUGAAAGAGCUUGGAUAUGGUGCUGCUCAGUGAGCAAAUGUAACAGUAACAGCCAAUCUCAGGAUGACCAUAUUCGUCAAGAGUGUCUCUUACUCAUGGACACAUGAAGUACCUCUUUAAAUGUAAAUAAGCCUUCUUUUAUAUAAGCAUUGUGCAUGACUUAAAGGAACAGUUCACCCAAAAAUAUAGAUUCUGUUUUCAUUUAUUCACUCUUUGUUCCAAGUCUGUAUUCAUUUCUUUGUUUGAUGAACACAGAGAAAUAUAUUAAGAAGAAUAACCAAACAGUUCUUGUCCACUAUUGACUACCAUGAAAAAUAUUAUUCUGAAAUUUCUUUGUUAUAUUGAACACAAAUUAAAUACAGAAGAAUAAUCAUUAAAGCUACAAAACACAUUCAUUUCUUCUUUUCUUCUGUUCUUAGAUUAUCAUUAGUGACAGGAGUCCCAGCAGCAGGUUUAAGAUUGCGGCCCCUUUAAGAGAUGAAGCUCUGCGCAGAUCUGACACGUUCCCCAAUUUGCUUUGUGCUUACAAAAAUACUAAACAAAAUGUACAUUGAGGCAUAAUCUUGUGUGUUUUUGAUCUUUCAAGCACGAAGGAGAACGUACACAUUCUGACAGAAAUAUUACUAAUAUAAAUAACGCUAACAUCACCGUUUUAAUCAAGAGGUUACAACGAUGUUGUAGGCAUAUGGGUGCUGUUUAUUUUUUGUAUAAUACAUUUGGCCAAAAUCUAAUUUAUAAAAGAUGAAAUGCUGUGUGCACAGGCAAUUAAGUGCAGGUAAAUAUUAGCCCUCUCUCUCCGGUCCCAAAUGUAUCAAACUUCAAAUACAAAAAAAAUGAUUUGUUUCAUGCGUAAAGAAAACGCCGUACUUGUUCAAACAACAAGAUCUUUAUUUAUUGACAAUAUUUCCGUUGCAAGACGUUCAGCUAAUGUGUGUGAAAUGAACUGCAGUUCAGUCAAGAUAGAGGGGGGUGGAGCCAUGAGGUUUAACUGACAGUUUGAGCGUAUCCAACCAAAUUUAGUCACAAGCUCUUUUUAACCUUUCAUUGGCUAGAUAUUUGUAAAAUAUGCAGACAGACGUAAAGGGUGACCAAUAGCAUUGAUUUAAUAAUAAUAAAAAACACCACCAUAAAGGGCAUGUGCUCUGCACAGGUUGAGCCCUAUCUGUGCACAUGCCUGGUUGUCAGGGGUGGUCAAGACCUGUUUGGUACAAGCAUUCUUCCAAAUAUCUUUCUCUGUGUUUAUCGGAACAAAGAAAUGUAUACAGAUUUGGGAUAUCUUGUAUGACGGGGUUUUAGUGCCACGUUAAAAAAAAAGAUUUCGAGAAUAAAGUCGAAAUGUUACGGGAAUAAAGUCGAAAUGUUACGAGAAUAUAGUCGAAAUGUUUCGAGAAUAAAGUCGAAAUGUUUCGAGAAUAAAGUCGAAACCAUCUGAACCAGUGAGUUGAUUCUUAGGUAGUCUGAUUUUUUCUUCUGAAUAAAUUCAGUUUCCUCUAAAACCGCUGCAGUGUCCUUUUACUAAUUAUAACUCCGUGAUGAUGCGCCAAAAGACAGAGAAUUUCCUUAUUGCUAAAUCCUAAUAUAAAGUAGGAUUUAACCAAAUCCUCCACAUCCAUUGUUUCUAGCAAUUCUGUGAUUUUUCUCAUUUCAACUUUAUUCUCGAAACAUUUCGACUUUAUUCUCAAAACAUUUCAACUUUAUUCUCGAAACAUUUCGACUUUAUUCUCGUAACAUUUCGACUUUAUUCUCGUACAUUUCGACUUCAUUCUCGUAACAUUUCGACUUUAUUCUCGAAACAUUUCGACUUUAUUCUCGUUACAUUUCGACUUUAUUCUCGAAACAUUUCGACUUUAUUCUCGAAACAUUUCGACUUUAUUCUCGUUACAUUUCGACUUUAUUCUCAAAAUAUUUCGACUUUAUUCUCGAAACAUUUCGAUUUUAUUCUCAAAACAUUUUGACUUUAUUCUCGAAACAUUUCGACUUUAUUCUCGUAACAUUUCGACUCUAUUCUCGUAAUAUUUCGAUUUCGAAAAUAUAUAUUUUUUCUCGAAAUCUUGGAUUUUAUUUUAUUUUUAACGUGUCACUAAAACGCCGUCUCAAUCUUGAGGUCGAGUAAAUUAUGAAAAAAAUUGGGGUGAACUGUCCCUUUAAUUCUGCCCUUAAUUUGUUUUCCUCUGUCAUAAACUGAUACGUGCCCUGAUUUCUUCAUGCUCUUUGUCAUGAAAAGUGAAACACAUGUGAAAAGCAUCCAGUGUUAGAAGCAUUCCAGCACUGGCCGUGGAAAUCACUUCAUCUUAUUUCGCCACUCUCUAGCUCCCCCUUGUUGUUUUCAACCAUCAGCAGCCAGUCAUCUCAUUGUAUUUAUGAUUCCAGAUUUACUGUUUUUGGCUUUGUCACAUUUUUGUUGUUGUUGUCAAACUUGUUUUUUGAAGAGUUAAUGUAAACCAUGAAGCUCAACGACCAUGCAAGCUUUAGAUGUGAGGAGUUUUGUCUGGAAUAAUUUGUCUUGUAUCUAAUGUUAUUUCUGAUGUAUCUCAGAGUUUUUAUCUUGGUCCUUUAGGUUUUACUCUGAGAAGACCCAAACAUUUUGACCAAUGAAUUUACAUGAUUUUUUCAUAGGGCAAUUUAUAGCCAGUGAAAUAUUUUUGAGCUGACUGCAAGUAGAAAUGUUCAAGUACAUUUCCAUAUUUCCAAUUUCAAUGUUUCCUAGGCACAUCUUCUAUUUCGCAAAUUUAAACUGCAGGUAUUUUCAUGACUUUACAGUAUCCCUGUACCUACACAAUGGAUUUCAAAGGGGAGCAUAAUAAAGUGUAGAUAUUUCCCACAAUUAGUAAUGUAAAUUGGAUGUGGUUUUUAUCAAUAAAUGACAUUUUAAAACUACACAGUCAAACUAGUUAUUAAAAAGAGAACACUUCUGAAAACUUAAUUUGUCAAAGAGUGAAGUCACAUACAGUGUAAUAAAACACACCUUCCUAUAAAUGUAUACUUUUUGUGGUUAUUUAUAAGAACUGUUUCAGCAGUUACAACAAUUCCUGUGAGAGUGCUUAUUUUUGAAGUAAUGCUUUUUUUGUUUUAAUUUCAUGUGAUUGAAUGACUUUUGAUAAUAGUAAUUAAAACUUUUUUAUGAAAUGUU